AUGAACGUCCCGCUUUACCUGCUCACCGUCGUGCACUUGGUGGCCGCGGCGCGUCGCAACGGUGAGGCGGCGGCGGAGAAGCAGGAGGUCCGCUCGGGGCGCAGGACGUGCCGGCUCUACUGCAGAGUGGGCAUCGGCUUCCACCUCCAGCUCCACCCGGACGGCAGAGUCAACGGCAGCCAUGAGGCCGACCGGCUGAGUGUUCUGGAGCUGUUUGCCGUGUCCCAGGGCGUGAUCGGAAUCCGCGGAGUCUACAGUAACAGAUUUCUGGCCAUGAAUAAGAGAGGACGCCUCCAUACCACUGAGUCAUUUACGGAUGACUGCAAGUUCCGCGAGCGUUUCCAGGAGAACAGUUACAAUACGUACGCCUCCGUGGUCCAUUGGAACCGCCGGACUGGUCGCCAGUGGUUCGUGGCCCUCAACAAACGAGGCAAAGCAAAGAUGGGCUCCAGCCCGCGAGUCAAAGCCCAGCACAUCUCCACGCACUUCCUGCCCAGAGUCGGCUUCGGCACAGACGGGGGCAGCGAGCGUGGGUUCGCUGUCACGGACGGGAAAGGCGACGAGCGGCGGGAAACGCCACCCAAGCCGCCUCCCUCUCCAGAGAAACCAAAGGUCCGGGACGGGACGCGGCCCAGACAGGUCAAGUACUGGCCCAAGUAUCGCUUUGGAUAG